AUGAGUACCGAAACAAAUGAUGACAGGGUACAGCCUAAUGGCACCAUGACACCUUAUCAAGAAGCACCUGGUGAACUUCCCGUCACCGACCCAACAGAACAACAUCUUUUCGCAAAUCUCGAGACGACAAAUAUAAGAGACGAUACUAUACACGAAGCCGAAAGCGUAGCUCUAUCUGUGUCAUCAUAUAACGGUGUUCCUGCAGCUUUAAACCAUGACAUGGGAAAAUUUCUCUCAAACGACCAGCUCGCCAAGGUCAAAGACCUCCUCCAGGCACAUCUGCCGUCGCCGAUCUGCAACCCAGAGGUACCCGUUGAAGGAUGCCCACUUCUCAAUUCACUGAGCCUGGACUGUCGCAGGCUGAUCUGGAAGCUUCUGCUUCUGAACCCACUUCUUGGAGAGAGUUUUUUCAUCGACGGUGAUCAGGUCUUUGGGUUAUUCCCCGCGAUCCUGAGAGUUAAUAGGCAGAUCUACAACAAGGGUAUGGAUAUCCUCUAUGGAAGCAACAAAUUUUUGAUUGGGUGUAUUCCGUACAAUUCGUAUUUCUGGGACAGCUGCCUGGAGUGUGCUUUGGCCAGGGGACAGCACCUUGAUCGUACUGGCGAAGACAGAGAAGUUGAAAGUGAAAAAAGCCUUAUUUCAACUGCAAGAUAUGUUCAGCACUGGAAAAUUUUGAUUAGCGCUAUUGACUUUCAACAAGUAGCGACAGAGAAACUUCUGCGUCUGUGUCACAGCAUCUAUAUGGCCAACAUUCAAUCACUAGAAGUCUUGAUUAUCCCAAAAGGCAUCGAGGAUGGUUGGAAUAUGAGUGACAAUUAUGGAUAUGAACAUCAGCUUGCGAUUACUUUGUCACCACUUAAGCGUUUCCGGAACGUUCAGCAAUUCAACAUCCGGCCCGCGGAAAUUCAUGAGAUUCCAGCUGUCGCUUUCGAUCAGGAACUUGCGGAUGAGUUCAUACCAAUCUUGCCUAGUCCUGUUGAUGAGGUGGAACUCACUGGUCUGAUUCAGGGUAACUCGGAAGUUGAGACAAUUGAGAAGAUGUACAAAACUCUCCUCACCUACGCCCAAGCGUUCGAACGAUUUGAGAACUUCAAGUCAGCAAUGGACAUUAAUCAUAACGAAGACGAGCUAGAACAAAUUUACAGUUUCGAAGUUUCUAGCAGUUUUGCAAUCUCUGACCAAAAGAUCAAUCCAUUCAAGGCCAGCCGUCAUCCUGUCGAGAGAGCACUGAGUGCAGCCAAGACUUCUAUGUUUCAGGACAAAAUGGAUCAGUUCAAAAUGAAUAGAUCCCUCCUCAUUCAGUACUUAGAGCACGAGUACCAGAUCAUCGAAGCUGCAUCUAAGAAUUUGGUCGAUUUUAUUAAAAUCCAUAAAAUAGCAAAUGGGUUCUUCCGUCAUCCUCUAUACAUCAACAGAAAUGAAGAUUAUAAUGAAAUCGCCUCGCCCAAUUAUAUUGCUACGCAAGCUUUGGUUUUGCUAGAGGACUAUGAGGCUAGAUUAAAGCGUAAAUUAGAGCCAGCAACAAAGGUUGAAAUACGAAAGUACAAGCUUCUUUUCAAUUCCUUCUACGACGAUCUUCCACGUGAAAGACUCAUGAAGCUGUGCGAAAUGGCUUAUGAGAAGCAGUGGUGGCUUCAAUUCGUUACCUAUUUCCAGGAGGCUGUGGAUGAUAUGGAUGUUCAAUAUCUUGCAAUCAGACAGGCUCGAAAGAAGUUGUAUGCGUGGGAUCUUCAGGCAACUGUUCGGGAAGUGGAUGUAAAGCCUAUGCUUUCCGAUGAGAUCAUCAAUUGGAAUGAGUGUGAACCAGACAUGCGGAUCAAUGAAGAGUGGCGUAAAUACCGCUCUUAUGGAGAACCUGAACUUUCCGACCACACAUGCGAUGAAGACAGCGAUGCGAAUAGCAAUGACUAA